AUGAUUGAUAACUGGCAUUACGUGAAAUCGGCAGAAAAUCCAGCAGAUCUGGUUUCACGUGGAACGACUGUAAAAAAGUUUUUAGGAAGCAAAAGACAAUUUUGGUUGAACGGGCCAACAGUUCUAACUGAAGACGACUACCCGAAUCUACCAAUUGAAGAAGAUGCAGCAGCACUUGCAGAAGAAGUUAAAAAGAUUUGUUUAACCCAAACUACCGCCAAACCAGUGGAAGAUUAUAUCGAAGGAUUCCGACACCACAACUCAUUCAGAAGAACGCGCAGACACUUUGCGCUUAUCAACAGAGCUAUAAACAAUUUCAUGGCUGAAUCGCAGAGCUUAAAAGCUAGAGGCCGGUUCGCUGAGCGACGAAUUGGACCUCUUACCGUUGAAGAUCUAGAAGAAGGGUUGAAUCUUGCAAUCCGAAUCAUGCAAUUAGUGAGAUACCCAGAAGAAGCUCACUCCAUACGUGAAACGAAGAAAAUUAAACCAAUAGGGAAGUUCCAACAUGUGAAGCCGAGACUUAUCAAUGGUCUUAUACACGUAACCGGGAGACUGAGUCAGGCAGACGUACCCUUCACGCAAAAGAUGCCAAUUCUAAUUCCGAACAAUCAUCCGUUUGCUAAGGUGAUUAUUGAACAUAUUCACCGGGAGCUGCUGCACGCCGGAGCUGAAGUAGUAUUAGUGCAAUUCCGGAAGAAGUACUGGAUGCGCAACAUGAGAAAAACCGUACAGGGUGUGCUCAACAGGUGCGUUCUGUGCGUUCGUAAUCGUCCAAAACAAUUCACCCAACAAAUGGGUCAGUUACCACAUCCAAGGGUUAAUCCAUCACCGGCAUUUACCCACACAGGCGUGGACUUAUGCGGUCCAUUCACCGUAACAGCAGGAACCAAAUCUCGAACAAAGAGCGUGGUUUACGUGUGUAUCUUCAUUUGCCUAGCCACAAAGGCGAUACACCUAGAAGUAGUAGAAAACCAGUCAGCCGGCGCUUUCAUAUCCGCUUUGGUAAGGUUUACAUCUUUAAGAGGAAGACCUGAAGUGAUUUAUUCUGACAACGGACGUAACUUUGUGGGAGCUAGCAGAGAGCUCUCACAACUGCGGAAGAUCUACAACAAGGAACUGUUCCAACACAACAUCAUCGACCUAGCAGCAGAAAAAGGAAUCAAUUUUUCAUUUAUACCGCCGCGAAGUCCAAACUUCGGUGGCCUAUGGGAAGCAAAUAUCAAAACAGCGAAGCGAUUAUUCAAGGGUGCAGGACGAGGCGCUCAAUUCUCGCUCACGGAACUGCAAACUCUGUUUCACCAGAUUGCAGCAAUUAUGAACUCAAGACCGUUAACAGUGGCUCUUACAAACGUAGAAGCGCUGGAACCAUUAACCCCAGCUCAUUUCCUAAUAGGAAGACCAAUAUAUACAAUGCCACUACCGGCAGAAGAAGAAGAAUCGAUCAAUAUCAAUGUUCGAUGGAAGCGAGUAAACCAUCAAGCCCAACAAUUUUGGAAGCGAUGGAGGGAAGAUUAUCUUCAUCAACUGAGGAAUUACACAAAAUGGAAUAAUCAGCAACGCAACCUAGAAGUAGGAGAAAUAGUUCUCAUCGGAAACGAUCACGUCCCAGUCGCAAAUUGGCCCAUGGGCAUAGUAACGGAAGUAUUUAAAGGACCAGAUGACAUCGUAAGGGUAGCCACAAUACGUACAGCAACAGGCACUUACAAGCGAAAUGUAAGAGUGCUAGCUCCUCUUCCUAUCGAAGUCGAGAGAUCAUCAGAAGAUUCAGUAACUAACAAAGAAGCAGUAGAGGAAUUCGUAACACGUGCGGAUAACAAUACAACGAUACAGCCAACGGAUGGCGAAAUGGAAGAAGAUCAACCCCCAAGCGCAUCAGAGAGAAUUUGGGACGGACGUCUACGUCCCAAAGGGGGGAGAAAAUGGAGAUAG